AAAAAGAUGAGAUAUGGCUUCUAAUUCACCGGUUCAAAAGAUUAAGCUUACAGUAAUUGCAGUGGACGGGCUUUAUAAGCGGGAUUUAAUACGUACGCCGGAUCCAUUUGCAGUUAUUACAGUGGAUGGAGAGCAGACGCAGACGACCUCAGUUAUAAAGAAAACUCUUAAUCCUUAUUGGAAUGAAAGUUUUGAAAUAUCAGUGAAAGAGUCUAGUAUUCUUGCUGUUCAGAUUUUUGAUCAGAAGAAAUUUAAAAAGAAAGAUCAGGGUUUUCUUGGAGUUGUUAAUUUACGUAUUAGUGAUGUGAUUGAUCUUUCUCUGGGUGGCGAUGAAAUGCUUAUAAGGGACCUCAAAAAAUCUAAUGAUAAUAUGAUGGUUCAUGGAAAACUUAUUAUAAGUCUUUCUACUUUUGUUUCAGUCCCUGGUCGUAAUCAGUCUUCUCAUAAUGGUGCUGCGCAAAUUAAUGGGCUGGCCUCAGGUUCUGCUACAGUUUCUAUGUCUAUGAAUCCUUCUCCGUCAAGAAUUGGCAUUGUUUCUAAUUCUGCCGCAGAAAAUACAGAGACGGGGCAUUCUGCAAGUCAGAGUUCUCGGCAUAUGGCUUCUUAUCAAGGAAGUGGUAAUUAUAGUUCUUUUGAGGAUCAGUAUGGACGAUUACCGUCUGGAUGGGAAAGAAGAACUGAUAACCUUGGUCGAACUUAUUAUGUUGAUCAUAAUACACGAACAACAACUUGGACACGGCCUUUUACUGGUCGAAUUGAUUCUGACGGAUUGUCUCAAGCUCGCCCUAGCGCUAGAGAAAGUGUUUCAUCUCAUAUGGCUACUUCAUCAUCGGCUCAUCAUGGAUCAUCUUCUACAAAUGAGCAAAAUCGAGUACCACUUGUUUCUGGUAUUACGACAAAUCCUGGUACGGGUGAUUUGCCUAGUGGUUGGGAACAACGUUAUACUCCAGAAGGAAGAUGUUAUUUUGUUGAUCAUAAUACACGUACAACAACAUGGGUUGAUCCUAGACGUCAGCAAUAUAUUCGAAUGUAUAGUGGAGCAAAUAUGGGAAAUACUACAAUUCAACAACAACCCAUUUCACAAUUGGGGCCUCUUCCUAGCGGAUGGGAAAUGCGUCUUACGAGUUCUGCAAGAGUUUAUUUUGUUGAUCAUAAUACAAAAAUAACAACAUGGGAUGAUCCCCGACUCCCUUCUUCCUUGGAUCAAAACGUUCCUCAAUAUAAGAGGGAUUUUAGACGAAAGUUAAUUUAUUUUCGGUCUCAACCUGCUUUGCGCCCUUUAUCUGGACAAUGUCAAAUAAAAAUUCGAAGAAAUCAUAUUUUUGAAGAUUCAUAUGCUGAAAUUAUGAGACAAACACCUAGUGAUCUUAAGAAAAGGUUUAUGGUGAAAUUUGAUGGUGAAGAUGGUUUGGAUUAUGGUGGAUUGUCAAGAGAAUUUUUUUUCCUUUUGUCACAUGAAAUGUUUAAUCCUUUUUACUGUUUGUUUGAAUAUUCAUCUGUGGAUAACUAUACUCUUCAAAUUAAUCCUCAUUCUGGCAUAAAUCCAGAACAUUUGAAUUAUUUUAAAUUUAUUGGAAGAGUUCUUGGACUUGCUAUUUUUCAUCGAAGAUUUCUUGAUGCUUUUUUUAUUGUUUCAUUUUAUAAAAUGAUUCUUAAGAAGAAAGUUACUCUCGCUGAUAUGGAAAGUGUAGAUGCUGAAUUUUUUCGGAGUUUGACCUGGAUUUUGGAGAAUGAUAUUGCUAAUGUUCUUGAGUUGACAUUUUCUACUGAAGACGAUCGUUUUGGAGAGGUAAUGACGAUUGAUUUAAAACCUAAUGGGAGAAAUAUCGAAGUAACUAAUGAUAAUAAAAAAGAAUAUGUUGAGCUUGUUGCAUAUUGGCGUGUUUUUAAGCGUGUAGAAGAACAAUUUAAUGCUUUUCAAGACGGAUUUAAUGAGCUUAUUCCACAAGAACUUAUUAGUGUUUUUGACGAGCGAGAGCUUGAGUUGCUUAUUGGAGGUAUUACUGAAAUGGAUAUGGAUGAUUGGAAAAAACAUACAGACUAUCGGGGUUAUACUGAAUCUGAUGAGAUUAUACAAUGGUUCUGGAAAUGUGUACGAAGCUGGGAUUCAGAACGGAAGUCGCGUCUGUUACAGUUUAUAACGGGGACGUCUCGUGUUCCUGUUAAUGGUUUUAAGGAUCUUCAGGGUAGUGAUGGUCCUCGGCGAUUUACUAUUGAAAAAGCAGGAGAGAUUACACAGCUUCCUAAGAGUCAUACUUGUUUUAAUCGUGUUGAUCUUCCUCAAUAUCCUACAUAUGAAAUGCUUGUUCAAAAGCUUACACUUGCUGUUGAAGAGACAGUUGGUUUUGGACAAGAGUAA